AUGAAUACAUCUGCAGAAGGAGCAGAGCAGGGCAGGCAAGAUCCCCACUGGACGUCGAGGACGAGGAUCUUUGGCAUGGAGGACGGGUCCGAGUUCUGGAGUGGGUCAACCCUCACGCCCACCAAACAUAUUGACAAGGUGGUCUUUGGAAGCAACGCGGUCUGGCGCGCGUACGCAAAGAGCCAUGGAAAGGUUCUCUUGGUUGAUCUGAGCUCCGGACGCCAGGAUGGCCGGGAGUUCCAACAUUGUGUGAGCUUUGUUGCAAAGGACGAAGACGGCGACAAUGCCUACCUCGCGUUUGGAUACAUGCGAAACAAGACGAUUGAGGACUUCAUGUGGCUGUUUGAUAUGAUCAAGGUCCAGUUCAAACACCACUCGGUGCCUCUUCCCAAGACCAUCUACUCCAGCGAGAUGAAGGAGUGCUACGAGACCAUCGACCGAGCAUUCCCCAACAGUAACAUGCGGUUGUGGCUUCGAGAGAUCAAUCGGGACUUUGUAGCGCAGUGCCAGCAUCUGGUGGUGCGUGACUCUGAUCGAGUGCUUCACGACAAGGUGGAUCCUUCCAGUUUGACCAAGGACGAAAACAUAUGGCUUGAAAUGAUGUCCGACUGGUCGGAGAUUCUGGAAUCAGACAGCAAGAACCAUUUCAAGGAACAAUGGGACGAGUUCCGCGCCACUUACAAGAAGAGCCACCCCGAAGUUGUUUCGUAUCUCAGAAACCAAUGGAUCAAGCCGCACAAGCGCAUCUUGACGGGCUUGUGGACAAACAAUGAAGAGGGACAUGUGUUUGAUCAGAAUGCAUACAUGGAGGGUGCUGCAAAGUUUUUGGAGAGAGCCGCGGGCUGUCAUGGCCUGGAAGACCGUCUGGUAGCUAUUCAGACUGCCUACAGAGAAAAUCAUCUUACUGAGGGCAGCUCUGGAAAGCGACCAAGCGAUGAGGAUGAGUAUCAGGAGGAUGUUGAUGAUGCAACAAGUAGAAUUAUGAGCAUUCUUCGUGGAGGAGAGAACGAGGAGAAGUCCGGAAUCUCUGAGGACUCUGAGGAAGUGGAAGUAGUGGAGGAUGGUGAGGAAGUGGACGAGGGUGAGAAGCAGGAGGUUUCUGAAAAGGAUACAUCGGUAGAGGAGGAGGAUUCUGAAGUGAAAGAGGAGGAAGAGCAUGAGGAGGCAGAAAUGGAGGUAUCUGAGGUGGGUUCUGAAGAGGAGGACUCUGAAGAAGACUCUGCAGAUGCCUACGAAGAGGAGAGGACUGACGAGUCGGGCGAGAGUGAUGUUGAAGACACAAAGAAAUCUGCAACUCGGGCUGUGAAAACUGUGAACCACCCGACUACUCCUCGAAAAGCUACUGUACAAGCAGGCGCUCCAACCUUGAUAGGUCACCUCCCCCUCGCACUGGUUUCUCCUACAGCCACGACUUUGAUGCCUCCCAGGAUGACACCACUUGGAGAGGUAUUCCUUCACGUUCCGGGAAUUGGCUAUUUGCCUGAAUGGCGUGCUCUAGAGUUACAGAAAGAAUUUGAAGAAGCUAAGAGAAAGCAGGAUGCGGAGAGAGAGGAAGAUGUGGUGAUGUUGGAUGUCCAUGACUUGGAAAAGGAAAAAGAGGAGGAAGAGGAGGAUGAGGAGGAAGAGGAGGAAGAGGAGGAAGAGGAAGAGGAAGAAAACUCUGGCUUUGAUCCUGAUUCUGGUAAACCCUUGUCAGAGAGUGAAAGGGAGCGAAUAAAGGCGGUCAGAAGAAAUUUGCGUCUGGAAGGAUCCGGUACGGAACUUGAAAGGUUGCUAAAUUCUAACAAGCGUUCAAGAAGUGGGAGAUCACGUCCAUCUCUGGAUGGAACCAGGAAGAGCAUUACUGAGAUCCCUAAUGAAGGGAAAGGCGGUGUUGCAUCCGAUACUUUUGUUGCAGAUGUCGACGGGUCGUCAGCCAGCAAACGAUCGAGAAGAGGUCAGCAGCGAGCGUCUUCUACGGUUGCUACGCUAAAGACGCCCAAACCCAAGAACAAGACUCAAGAAAAGAGUGCUGAGUCGGAGCAGCCUGUAAAGCGGGGACCAGGAAGGCCACGAAAACACCCUCUCGGUAAGGAGCCUAAGGCGGCUGUAAUAAAGCGGGGACCACGAGGGCCGUAUAAAAAACGUGUCCUGUCCGCAGCUACGGUUUAUGAUUCUGAUUCCGGGGAUGCUGCCGAGCCGAAGACGUCUGGAAUGAAAAGCUCUGACACUCCUACGAAAUCCAGAGGUCGAACGCGAGCUGCACGACGUUCAACGAUGGUUUCUGAGGAUGAGGAAGAGAAGGACAGGGAGAAGAAAGAUUCAGUGAGAGAUUCUCCUGCAGAUACAGUGAGCUCUUCUUCUGAGGACGAGCCUGUGGUGGCAGUUCCAAAGAAGAGUCCAAGGAGUAUCAGCGUCAACCCCACCACCAAGCCUACCGCGAAGAAGACUACUGCAGCAGCCUCUAAUUCCAAGUCAUCUCCCACCCAGACUAGAACUCGCAGAUCGAUGGCGUCAAAGGAGAACUCUACAGGAGUUUUAACAGAAACCCCCACCGCAGUUUCCAAGACGGUGACUCCACGAGUUGCUAGUGCAAAGUCGACACCGAUACAAACCAGCCAGUCUCCCAUCCAGACUAGAACUCGCAGAUCGAUGGCGUCAAAGGAGAACUCUACAGGAGUUUCAACAGAAACCCCCACCGCAGUUUCCAAGACGGUGACUCCACGAGUUGCUAGUGCAAAAUCGACACCGAUACAAACCAGCCAGUCUCCCAUCCAGACUAGAACUCGCAGAUCGAUGGCGUCAAAGGAGAACUCUACAGGAGUUUCAAAAGAAACCCCCACCGCAGUUUCCAAGACGGUGACUCCACGAGUUGCUAGUGCAAAGUCGACACCGAUACAAACUAGCCAGUCUCCCAUCCAGACUAGAACUCGCAGAUCGAUGGCGUCAAAGGAGAACUCUACAGGAGUUUCAAAAGAAACCCCCACCGCAGUUUCCAAGACGGUGACUCCACGAGUUGCUAGUGCAAAGUCGACACCGAUACAAACUAGCCAGUCUCCCAUCCAGACUAGAACUCGCAGAUCGAUGGCGUCAAAGGAGAACUCUACAGGAGUUUCAAAAGAAACCCCCACCGCAGUUUCCAAGACGGUGACUCCACGAGUUGCUAGUGCAAAGUCGACACCGAUACAAACCAGCCAGCCCACAUCAAACUCGACCUCAGGCACUUCGAGUUCCAAGCAGAAUCGGUUGUCUUUUGCUUCCAAGUCGACUCCAGGGCCCAAGAGGACCCCAGAGAAUGCACCUUCGAAUUCGACUCCAAAGUCGUCUUCGCAGACUUCUUCGAAGACAGUCACUGAGUCACCUACUCAGAAGACUACACCAAGGCCAGCUUCCAAGGCGACGUCCAAGGCGACGUCCAAGGCGACGUCCAACGGCACUCCGAAGUCAGUCUCCUCCAAGACGACCCCCAAAUCAACCCCGUCAGAUUCCAUGUCUCGGAAACGACCGACUGAGGAGGCUGGAUCUGGGUCUGGCCGGAAGGGCAAGAAGCAGCGCAAGUCUGAUGUCACUCAGAACGGAGUGUCCAAGGCCGAUACACCCACCAAGAGAAAAAACAGCCAGUCUCGUCCUUCGCUGGGUCAGAGAAUUUUGGGAUUCUUCAAAUAG